CCUCACAGAGUUAAAGAGACGAGAUAUGAAACGGGAUCGGAGCGCAAAGAGAGGCAACACCGUGAGCUCUGACAUCAAACGUUACAUAAAACCCAAUGAAGGAAUCCGUAGGACGGCGACACCGGACAGACCCAGGGCUGCGAGGAGCCAACGAUUCCGUUUUCCGAGUUCACAUCGAGGACGCAAAGCUGCUGGCAGUCGAUCCGAUUCGAUCAAGCUAAAAAAAAAUUACAGCCAACGAAAACGGCAGCGAAUAAAGCGCGGACAGACUGACAGGUGAACGCGGGCUGCUGUGCCGGGCUGUGCCGCCGGGGGCGCGAGUGAGCCUGCGCCCUCAGACAAUAGGAGACACGGUGAGAAGCUGUCAUCGCCGACUGUGUGGACCUGCAUAGCAGCCGGAGAGGCGCAUACCGACACCCGGAUAAACGGAGCACUGCGGACGGGCCGACGCUCGCACCAGCACCCCCCACUACAUCCACCGGGGUCGUGCCCAGAGGCGACCGAGAGGGGGGCGGGCAGGACCGGUCGAGCACGGGAGCAUCGGGGAGACUGCUGACAGGUUGAGCCGGACCCCCUCUGCGGGAUUUUGGUCGCCCUCCGCAGCGCGCUCGCCGCCUCUCGUUCUCGCAAGGCGCUCAUCUGCCUGAUGUGAAUUCAACGAGGAGACUCAAUGGGUGUCAGCGUUCUGCCUCCUAAGAUGUCCACCUUCGCCUUGAGCCUCUACCUGGGGCUGGCCGUGGUCCGAGGUCUGCCCUUGGCACCAGAUGAAGACACGGGACUUAACAACGGACGGGACGGGUCCACGGCGGCACCCAUCAUGCUGUCCACUCAGAGUGCGGACACCAUACCCGCCUCGUCCACCUCCUUCAGGCAGCUCAUCCACGCGUCUCUGCUCAGGAAAGAGUAUCUGGGCCAGGAACAGGCCUACUCCGGCACCACAACUGACCCCACUCAAGCGGUUCCUUUGAUUACCCAAUCGGAUCCUGGCAUCACAGCGACCUUUGCAGGUGCCCUGACCACAGCAGUCAUGUCGGCCUCCUCCGUCACUCUACCUGGAAAGUCCAAGGGUUCAGCCUCAUCCACCAUGUCAUCGGUGUACGAAAGAGCAGGGGGUGAAGAGACCACGACGACCCUCAUCACAACCACAACUAUCACCACUGUGCAUAUGCCAGUGCAAUACAGUGCCAACCUGAGUGCCCAGGAAGGGUUCAUCGAGUCUCCAGAGCCUACUGGGUCCGGAUUCUACCACAGCCUGGACUGCACCUACACCAUCCGAGUUUACAUGGGCUACGGGGUGGAGCUCCAGGUCAGACACCUCAACCUGUCCAAGGACGAGUCCUUGAGAAUCGAGAGCUUUGGAGGAGAGGGGCCAGUCUUCUUGGCCAACGAGACACUGCUGGCUGAAGGCCAGGUGAUCCGCAGUCCCACCAAUCAGGUCCUGAUUCAUUUCCAGAGUUUCCAGCCAUCCUCUCCAGGAGUCUUCAAACUGCACUAUCAAGCCUACCUGCUCUCCUGCUCGUUCCCGUUGUCUCCUUCUGAUGGUGGUGUAUCCGUCAGUGACCUGCACCCGGGAGGCUCUGCCCAGUUUCACUGUGAUCCAGGCUACGAAGUCAGAGGACACGAUGUUCUCACCUGUCUUAACUCGACUCGACCACACUGGAGUGGACCUGAGCCCACCUGCGUAGCUGUGUCAUGUGGCGGCAUAAUCCGCAAUGCCACCCUGGGCCGAAUCCUAUCUCCCUACCCGGCCAGUAACCACAGCAACAACCUGAGCUGCCAUUGGCUGAUCGAGGCGGCAGAGGGACGCCGACUGCACCUGCACCUCGAGAGAGUGGCUUUGGACGAGGACAGUGACAGGCUCAUAAUCCGCAGUGGCAGCAGUCCACUUGCACCACUCCAGUUUGACUCCGACUUGGACGAUAUUCCCGAGAGGGGCAUCGUGAGUGACGGGACAUCUCUGUACAUCGAGCUGCUGUCCGAAAACUCAGGCAUCCCCCUUCUGUUGGCCCUGCGUUAUGAAGCAUUUGAUGCAGACCACUGCUAUGAGCCUUUCCUGGCCCAUGGCAACUUCACCACUUCUGACCUGUCCUACCAUGUGGGCACUUUGGUGGAGUUUGCCUGUGUGUCCGGCUACGUGAUGGAGCAAGGCUCGAGCGUCAUCGAGUGUGUGGACCCCACCGACCCCCACUGGAACGAAAGCGAGCCGGUCUGCCGGGCUCUGUGUGGCGGGGAGAUUUCUGAGUCCUCUGGCACAGUGCUGUCACCUGACUGGCCACAGACAUAUGGGAAAGGACAGGACUGUGUCUGGGGAAUUCAUGUGCAGGAGGACAAGAGGAUUCUGCUGGACAUCGAAAUUCUCAACAUCCGUCGCAGUGAUGUGCUGACCAUCUUUGAUGGUGAUGACCUCACCUCGCAUGUCAUCGGGCAGUACAUGGGCUCCCAUCAGCGCUUCCGGCUGUACUCCAGUGGGGCCGACGUGACGAUCCAGUUUCAAAGUGACCCCAAUGACCCCAUUUUCACAAUGAGUCAGGGGUUCAUCAUCCAUUACCGAGAGGUGUCCCGUAAUGACACCUGCCCAGACCUGCCCGUGGUUGAAUUUGGCUGGAAGACGUCAUCACAUCCCGACUUAAUCCGUGGCACCGUAGUCACCUACCAGUGCGAGCCCGGCUAUGACAUCAUUGGUUCAGACAUCCUCACCUGCCAAUGGGACCUCUCCUGGAGCAACAUCCCACCCAGCUGUCAGAAGAUCCUGUCCUGCACCAAUCCGGGCGAGAUCGCCAAUGGAGUGCGCAUGGUGUCAGACCAGCGCUUUGUGGUGGGCUCACAGGUCCAGUACUCCUGCUCCGAGGGCUACCAGCUGGAGGGAAGCUCAAGCAUCACCUGCUAUAGCCGGGACACCGGGACGCCAAAGUGGAGUGACCGCAUGCCGAAAUGUGUCCUGAAAUACGAGCCUUGCUCGAACCCUGGCGUCCCAGAGAAUGGCUACCAGACGCUGUACAAGCACCGCUAUCACGUUGGCGAGACCCUGCGCUUCUUCUGCUACGAGGGCUACGAGCUGAUUGGAGAGGUCACCAUCACAUGUGUCGAAGGACACCCCUCGCAGUGGAACAGCCCUCCCCCAUUCUGUAAAGUAGCUUAUGAAGAGCUGUUGGAUGGCCGCAAACUGGAAGUUUCCAGGACAACUGACCCCUCCCAUCAAAUUGAAGGGAAGAACAUCGCCUUGGCCAUCUUCCUGCCGAUCAUCCUGGUCAUCUUGCUGAUUGGAGGGAUUUACCUGUACUACACCAAGUUCCAAGGGAAGUCCCUCUUUGGCUUUUCGUUAUCCAGCUCCCACUCCUACAGCCCCAUCACCGUGGAGUCUGACUUCAACAACCCCCUGUAUGAAGCCGGGGACACAAGGGAGUAUGAGGUGUCCAUCUGAGGACUAGCCGUCGCCUUCCUUCUCACCACCUGACCUUCAGCUUCCUCCAGACCAUCACCACAAAAGGCAGUGCCAACACCACCUGUCCAUCCAUCGCCUGCGUCUACCAGGACACCUGAACACCGCCUCCUCCCUCCCCCCCGCCGUCCCCCUGUGGCAGAUGGAUGGACUAGCACAGCAUUAUGAAUGUAAAUAGCUGAGCCCAUCAGACAAUUAUUUUGUGCCAAACUACUGCCACCCUGUGCCAGGGGUGCCCACUCCAGCCAAGUGAGCCCAUUGCCAAACCUCUCGGUGGGCAGGCUGCUCUUCAUGCCCCCUAGUGUUUCCACAUUACACCAGCCCCCCCCCCCAAAGCCCUCGUCAAGAGCAGCCAGACCUUAGCCAGAGGAUCGAGCCUGGACACACGCAAGGUCUGUAUAGAUAGAUAUUUUAUUUUGACUCCAAGAUGUCGCUUUGGUGGGUUUAUUAGCUGCCAGUCCAACGCCCCCCUUUGUAGGACAGUGCUGUUCUGGUGGCAGUGGCCACCACCGUCCUGCAAGGCGCUCGGCUUUCUUUCAUUUAACCUGCAUGGUCCGUCUCUGAAUCUGGAUGUUCAUCAGUAUCCGUGUUUACAACUUGACAAUUCUUUUGUAAUAAAAAGAUGAAUGGA